AAAUCCAUUUCCAAAGCCCCCCAAAUUCACUGAUGCGUUCUGCGCGUGUAUAGAAGCGACUGAUUCGUCACUUCGUAUGACACGUAGCCUCGCAUCUAUACAAUAGAGCGAGCAGGUGGCAUUCAGAACUUUAUCAUUUCGCAGUGGGUGGGUGUUCCUAGUUUGCACUGUAGCCUAGGCUGUAGAGACGCGCGAAUAGGUUACUGAGAGGGGAUCCAAUAGACUGCCCUGACUACACAGUAUACCGGCUAAAUGCCCAGCACCUGCAACUGUCUUCACACGACCUUCAGUCUUGCCCUGGUAUCUGCACAAAGUAAUACAUCAAGGUAAAAAGAACAGCACCCAGCAAUGAGCUCCUCUCUUCCCAAGAGCGAAUCUACGACCUCUCUGUUGAGAUCCUCAGCGGUACCGGUGAGUCGCAGAUCCGCACAUCAUUCCGAGCAUCAUGGGUCGCGCAGCCACCGCAGUCACCAUCAUCAACCCGAAGGAGGUAGCGGUGUACCUGACGAGCCGUGUUGGAGCGAUGAGUGCGAGGCAAGCGCGCGCAGACCGCUUUGUCAACCGAGGCAUGCCGGUGGCAGGACAGACAGGAAUGGAGGUGAUAAACGGGGACAUUCCCACCACUUCCAACAACACAGCAACCACUACGAUGACGGCUACAGACAGGAAGAAAUGAGAGAGCGGAUGGAUCGCAGUGGGAAAGACCGCAGUAAGUCGUCCAGACACCUCCACCCACACCACCACCAUCAUCACACCACCUCCAAAUGUGACCUGCCGCCUGCGCAUCACCACGGGAACGCACGUCCGGACCGGAGGUCCUCGCCAACUCCAUCCUAUACAAAACAAUCCGACGACACUGCGUACUUUUUUGAAUCAAAGGACAGAAUAAUUGCUGGGUCGUCCACGAGUUUAAACUCUGACCCACCGGUAUCGUCCACGCCAGUGCCCGGUCCCCUUACCAGCCGCACCGCCAAAAGACUCAGCACAGCUCCACCCGAACAUGACUCAAAUCUGCAUCCGAUAGUGAAAUCAGUCUUCGGGCAGGAUAGAGAGCUGAGGCCGGAGGAGAUGGAUGAGUUGCGCGAGGCUUUUAAAGAGUUUGACAAAGACAAAGAUGGCUUCAUUGGCUGUAAAGACCUAGGCAACUGCAUGAGAACCAUGGGCUACAUGCCUACUGAGAUGGAGCUGAUAGAACUGAGCCAGCAGAUCAACAUGAACUUGGGAGGACAUGUGGACUUUGAGGACUUUGUGGAGUUAAUGGGGCCCAAACUUCUGGCUGAAACAGCAGAUAUGAUCGGGGUCAAGGAGCUAAGGGAUGCUUUCAAAGAGUUUGACACAAAUGGUGAUGGCCAGAUCAGCACAUCUGAACUCAGAGAAGCAAUGAAGAAACUUUUAGGUCAACAGGUUGGUCAUAGAGACCUAGAGGACAUCCUACGGGACAUUGACCUGAAUGGAGACGGCCAUGUCGACUUUGAAGAGUUUGUGCGCAUGAUGUCUCGCUGAGUGUAGGUCAUGAUACCGACUGGUUCCUUUCCUGGUAAAAGAGGAUGAGAAGGAGAAGAAGAAGUGAAGGAGAGGCAGAGAUGGCAGAGCCCUUACCGACAGACCUCUUACCUCAGACCUCUGAACUACAGAAGGAGAAAACGACAUAUCAACCCCGCUCUGCUACUGCCACAUCUGAAGACAUGCACAGAAGCUGAAGGAACAACAUCAGUGAUCAUGAUGAUGCUGUUACUGCUGUCUCUAAGAGCAAAACAGAACAACAGCCAGCCUCCCACAGUUUUACAUUGUACAUUUCAGAUAUUAGAGAAAACAUAUCUAGGUGUUUACAGGGUCUAAAGAGCAAUGUGAUGUUUGAGCUACUUACACUCAUUGCAAUGGUUGGUUAAUGCUGUAGCAAAGUAAAGGAGACACAUUUACAUUUUCAACACUUUCUUACGUAUGCCAACGUCUCCUAUAACUAGUCUAAAGCAGCAUAUUCCCCUCUGGGGCUUUGGACUCCUAAAAUAAACUUUUUAGUGGCAAUAUUAUUAUAUCAGAGUACCAACUCUCAAAAUAUGUAUUGUUUGUGUGUGCGUUCAUGUGUGUUUGUGCACCUCAAUUAUCCUUUCCUGUAAGAUUUCAUAUGUCUUAAGAUACUGUACAGUUAGUGUCAAACCCAUGGCAUAUGCUGGCUCUAUCUUGAAUUACAUGCCAUGUAUUACCACGGAUGCACUUUUUUUUGAUUUUUUUUGACAUAUCGAGUUACAUUCUACGAGUUUUUUUUGACAUAUCGAGUUACAUUCUACGAGUUUUGAACAUAGAUGGGUACCUGCUUUGAUAAAUGGAAGGUCUGUUUCUUGAGAACCGAAUACUCUGGGGAAUGCGGUAGCAAUCAUAAUUAAUUGGUUUCUUCGGGCCAACCCAAUACACACUUUUGCAUGAAUACUAAGAAUGCAUGCUCCACUUAUGAUUUAACCAGACACACUGUCACUCCCCAUGCAAAUAAACAAUGUGCACCACAAACAAACAUAUACACAGUAUAUUAUUGUGGUGAUCAACAUAACACUGGAACCUGUGUGAGAAUGUGUGUGUGUGUGUAUUUAUGUACUGAUGAGAGUGUUUAUGUAUGAGUGCUUGUGUAUUUUGUUGUGCGAGUCUCCCUUAGGCAGUCUUAUUUGUGACUUUGCAUGUGUCUUCCUUGUGUGAUUCUAUGCAUGCCAAAUAGUAAAACAAUUUGUAGCAUAGUAGAUGAGAAUAAAGAUUUUUGUUGCAAAAACACUGUGUGUGUGUGUGUGUGUGUGUAUGUCUUUGUGUGUGUGUGUGUGUGUUUGUGUGUGUGUGAGACCUCUAUCUGCAUUCAGAGCAGAAAACAGUCAGACAGGACCUGAACUAGCUGGAUAUACACCCAUUAGCCAGAUCAGAAAUAAUAUCCUUGAUUUACAAAAUAUUUUGAGAAUAUGAAUAUGCAUAGACCGACUCGAAUUUCAACAGGGACAACUCCAAUAAAGUGUUUUUUCUCAACGUUGCUGGGAUGUCACGUGCAUCACACUUAUAUCUGUACACUUGUAAUAACCUAAGCAAAUAGCAAUUCCUUUUAUCUUAACAAAUUUUGACACUCAUUUCUCCCCCCCCCAUAAAAAACUCCCUCACUUGCUUAAUAAUUAAUGAUCUGCUUAACUUGGGCAGAUUUGGGACGAAAAACACUCUCUCACGUCACCUCUUCUUUGCUACUAGCUAGAAAUGUAAAUUUAUUUUUUUGUUGGUGGAGAAAACAGUUUGCAGAUUUUAAGCAAAUUUCAGCCAUUCUACACAGUUUGGCAUGGAGCUGAGAGACAAUUUUACAGUUUUAAUUCCUGCAAUUCUAUGAAUUUUUUAUAUAGCUAAUGCUAUGUUCCUCUGGUCAAACAUUAGAACAAAACCAAUGGGCAUGUGCCCUGAAUGCCCAGUUUUUGAUUCUCCCAGACUGUCUAACUUUUAUUUGAUUGUUAGUUGUCAAAUAUGGUAUAAAAAAUAAAAAAUAUGUAUAGUUCCAU